AUGAUGCUAAGGUCGUCAUUAAGCUAUUCAAAAGCAUCAUCUUCACGAUUUGGAGUUCCAAGGGUGAUCAUCGGUGAUGGAGGCUCUCACUUCAUCAACAAAGUCUUUGAGAGCUUACUGAAGAAGAACGGGGUCAAUCAUAAGGUAGCAACAGCUUACCACCCCCAGACCAGCAGACAAGUUGAGAUCUCUAACAGAGAGAUCAAAGCCAUCCUUGAGAAGAUAGUGGGGAGGAAAAAGAAAGACUGGUCUCUAAAACUCAACGAUGCACUAUGGGCAUACAAAAGUGCCUUCAAGACACCUUUAGGAACAACUCCCUUUAACUUUGUCUAUGGAAAGUCAUGUCAUCUCCCAGUUGAGCUUGAAUACAAGGCCUUAUGGAGCUCUCAGAUCUACAAAGAAAAGACUAAAGCCUUCCAUGACAAGAAGAUCCUAAAGAAGGAGUUCAGUGCUGGUGAUCAGGUGUUGCUAUUCAACUCUCGGUUUAAGGUUUUUCUCGAGAAGCUCAAAUCAAGAUGGUUUGGACCCUUUCAAAUCAAUGAAGUAAGGCCCUACGGAGCUGUUGUGUUGUGGAACAAGACCGGUGGCGAUUUCACAUUGAAUGUGCAUAGACUAAAGCCCUACAUGGCAACAACAACAGAGAGUGAGGGAACCUCAGUUCUUCUCUCUGAUCCAACCCCAGCCUAG